AUGCAAGAGCCCAGCACUCGGGCGGACGAAGCUGCAGUGUUCAGUAGCCUUGGAGCCAGCAGAAAGCAGAAAGCAGAGAGUCUGAGGCUGCGCGAGCAGCUGGAGAAGAAGGAUCGUGCCAUCCUCCAGCUGCAGGCGGACAACCACCGCGAGCAGCAAACCCGCGACAAGCAGUCUGCCGAGAAGCAGAUGAUGCUGAGCGAGGAGUUGCGCGAGAUGACGCAGCGUGCAGAGCACUUGUCGGAACAAGUGCGCAAGAGCAAGAAGAGGGGCACGGAGCUGCAGGAGGCCAAGGACUCCGUCCGCUCCGAGCUUCGGGAGUGCCAGGCGCAGCUCAGGAAAGAGAUUUCGGUUCGUUCUGAAAUCCAAACGGAGGCCAUGGAGGCGGAGAUGUUUUUUAGCCUCAGCGAGAAGCAGGAGGCGGAUGCCACCGACGCCAUCUCCUUGGGUGAUGAUGCAUCUGGUGCAGGCACGAAGAAGCUGCCAGGCGAUGAGGCACCUAGCGCAGGUGCAAAGAAGCUUUCAGGCUACCAGGGCAAGCUUGCUCAAUGCCUUGCGGUGCUGCGGAGGCUCCAUGGGGAGCUUUCCUCCGAGCUCCGCGCCCGCACACCAGGCAGAAGUGCCGACGACUCGGAAGCAAUGACUCGGAUAUUCCAGCAGAUAGACAAGGCGCAGCAUCUCAUCGACGGCGUGCUGCCAAGUGCCGGAAGCAGCCCACUCGCAGGGGCCGGCCUGCCUUCGUCGAGCACCAAGCAGCCUUCAAGCCCAGAGGCAGAAAGGCCGCUGCCCGAGGACCUGAAAAACCUGGUCCGGGGAGUCUCGACUCCAAGUUCGCUCGUGGGAUCCCCUCCAAGCAAAGACUCCGAGGAGGCCUUGUUGAUGAAGCUGGACAUCAACGAGAUCCGUGUCGCCGCCGAACUGGAAAAGCAGAAGCUGAUCACGGAGCACUGCGAUGAGCUAGACGACCUCGUGCGCCGGCACGACAAGGAGAGGCGGGAGUUGCACAGAGAGCUCUCCGAGCUGCGCUCGGAUCACGCUCGUGUCCAGGCGUCUGAGACGCUUCUACAGCCUCUUCAGGAAAUUCGUGAGCAUUUCGAGAGCCAGGUCGUUGAGGUGAAGCAAGAGCUUGUGACGCAGCUGGCCGAUAUCCAGGAGCGAAAUCGUAUGCAGAGUGGAGAGGUGCAACUGGAGAUGCGUCAGCUCAGAGAUGAGCUGAAGAGGUGCCAGGACGAGCUCUCCAGUAGCCAGGCCGAGUUUCGGACGCUCUCGAUGCUCUACGACAAGGAGCAGCGCGAGAACUACCGCCUGCGGCAGGAAAGCCAACAACAAAGUGAAAUGGCUUCCGGUCGGCACGAGGCCAUUGGAUCGGAACCUGUUGCCAGCGACGUGGCAAAUCAGCAUCCCACUCUCACCUCAGCAGACUACUCCAUGGACACCACGGUGGCAACCGACAUCCUGCCAGUGUCCGUGGCUUCUCCGGAGCGCGCCCACGAGGCUGCGACAGCGAGCAACAGCAACUCUGUCACGAUGGUGGUCGAAGAGAACCAGGCAGCAGCUGCAGCACAGCUGCAGGUCGCCGGCAUUCCAGCACCGCUGCCGGCACCCUCAGCCGCAGUGAAGCACGUGGGCAUGAAGAUCAAGUCAGUCCAGGAUGAGGGCCGAGAAGCGCCAGCAGCACCACCACUUGUGCCAACCCCAACGCAGGCUCGGCCGAGCAUUCCGGCAGUGUCGGUGCUGCGCACUGCACUGCCGAUUGCUGCGGUCCAAAGUCGCACGCUGCCAGCAGCGGCAUUUCAUCAAGCCCAUGACAGGCUUGGCGCCACGAUGGCUGCCGCUCCCCAGACCCCCACGGUGUGCUCCGUGGUGACCACCGGCCCAACCUCACACCGAAGGGUUGCAACCACGACCACCACAAGGCCCUUCAUCUCGCACCAUCGCAGUGCGUCUACCGCCUCGUCAUGA